UAAUCUAACCAAAGCCAGGGCAGGGAUUUUUCCAGGGGGGACGCGGCAACCAAUGCCUCGUUUCCCCCCUCUGUGUACGGCUUAGACCUAAGCGCGGCCAUGUGGCAAUCCUUGAAUUAAAUUUUCGUCAGUCGGCUGUUUCGGGUGAAUUAUAAUCAUCAAAAAAUGUGGUGUUAUAACACUGGGUUAUAGUCGAUACAACCUUGGACCCUGGGACCUAGUUGAGUUGCUAGUGGUAUUUUUCAAAUACUUCAACGCAAUGGUAAUCCAAAUGCAACCAAACAUGUAUUCAUUUCUCUUCUUUACCACCUAACCGUUUUUCGAAAACAAAACGUGUACCAUAAUUAUGUUGAAGCAAAUUUUAUCAAUAAAAUAAAGACGGGAAUAUAUUUGGGAUUUGCACUUCCGGUAAGCACGCGUUAUAGCACGUGACCUUGUUGCGAUGACGUCAGCUACCAGCCUACCAACAAAGGGAAAGCAAGAGAAAGUUGUCGGUUGGGUCUUUCCGCGUUUGUUUCGAAGCCGUUUUGGCUCGUCUUUCUUGCAGAAAACGCCAGGUAUCGUCAUUUCCUUCGGGCUGAAGUUGCACGGGGGCUUCUUCUCUAAGGCACGACGAAAAGGCGGUGUUUUUAAGGCUUUUUAAACCGAAAGAACGCCGAUUUACUCGAGGGUGCGGCCUGGCCUUGUCGAAGUAGACCCUCUUUGAUUGUCGAAAACACUUACAAUUGGUGCAUAAUAUGGCAGCAUCUGCUACGGAAACUGGCCGUUCUAAAGGCCGAAAAACUACUAAGGACCUAACUGAUGGUGAAGGAUCUGUUUCAAGCAAUGACAAGGACUUUGAAGCGGAAAUGAACGAAGAACCGCUUCGUAAACGAGUGAAGAAAGAAAAGAUAGAUAAUGACUAUAUUCAUGAGAAUGGCAUGGAUAUUUUGGAUAAAUAUGACACAAGUCCUGAGGAUAGCGAACAUGAGAACGGAAAUGGUGAUCCAGAAUAUCUUCCUAAUGGAAAAGCUAUGGUGAAAGGAGAGCCAGGUAUGAUGCCGCAAAUAAUGAGUUCGGCUAACUUGGAUUCAGCCAUUGAUAGUGCAGUACAGGGGACAGGCCUACCAAAGAAAGUGAACAUUUCUGGGGCAAGCAUAAUGGCGAAGGCCACUACGAGAACAAGGAGAGGAGGGGGUGGUGGCCGUCGUCUUAGCUACUCCCCCGAGACAGAUAAACAACUGCUCGAUUGGGUUGUGGAACGUAGUCAAAAUGGUUUGCCUGUCUCAAGAGAAGCCAUCCAAAAUCAAGCAUUGGCACUAGUACGAGAUGAAUGUCCAGAUUUUAAAGCAUCCAGUGGUUGGGUGGAGAAAUUUCUUAUUCGUCAUAAAAUCAGUUUACCAACUAGAGCCAGUCUGCUAGAGAAUGGCAGUACCAGGCGUGGACCGCCUCCACUGAUCUCUAAUGGCACAGGUAGCCCAUCAACUUCACCAACCAGGAGUCCUCAGUCAGGAAAUCUCAGUGAGGCAGACAGGAUUGAAGAUGGAGCUGGAAAUCCUGAAGUUUCUGGUGACCCUAAUGGAAAGGCCCCAGCAGAGCAGAUGUUGGGAAUGCAUCGACGAAUGGGUGGUGGUCGAAAACGAGGCCUGAAAGAUACGAAAGAUGAAGAAGAUGAAGAGGAGGAUGAUGGCGACGAUGGUGAAGGAGAAUUGGAGAAGAUUGUUCCAGAAAAUGUCAAUCCUGAAAGACUUAAAGCUUUUAAUGUGUUUGUUCGAUUGUUCGUGGACGAAAAUCUUGAUCGGCUGGUUCCGAUCUCGAAGCAACCAAAAGAGAAGGUGCUGGCGAUCAUUCACGCUUGUCACCGACAGUUUCCGGAGUUUCACGACCGUGCAAGAAAGAGAAUUAGGACCUACCUGAAGUCUUGUAGACGCAUGAAGAAACCGAACGAGCCGUUGAGAAGAACCGCUGACCAAAUAAAUGCAGUUCCUUCUAUGUCCUCUGCCCAAAUGCAGGAAGUCAAUAAUAUCCUUGCUUCGGCAUGUGCAAACGAGGCGAAUCUCGGUGAUCGGGCUGAAGUUUCCGCGGUACAAACACCGCCCAUCCCGGCGCAAGCGUCAUCAAAUAAAUCGUCGCUUACCAACGGUCGCGCCGUAUCACCUGUCGAAACCAGCAGACAGAGUGUAUCAACUAUGACAUCAUCAUCUAGCACACCCCCUCCACCUGCCCCCAGGUCAAUGGUCUCAACCAUGUCAAGGUUACCCCUCGCUGCCGUCGCACCAGAGUCGCUCGCUGCAGCACGAGCGAAAGCUGGUGCCGAGUAUAAGCUUAAUACAACCGAAGUGACUGCGAUACGUCAGCUGAUCGCAAGCUAUCGCGAGUCUGCGGCAUUUUUAUAUCGGUCAGCAGAUGAACUCGAAGCUUUACUUCCGGCGUCAAUGUUACCGCCCCAGAAGGCCGUGCGCUGACAUUCGUGAUCCCUCGUUGGCCGUUCGCCGAGUUUUCGGCCGCAGCCGUGUUUUUCCCGAAAGCGUUUGUAAUCCAUCGUGAAUGUUAUUUAUUGUUAAGAAGCCGAUUUUUGCGGCUCAUAAAAAUUCUUAGAAGUUGUUAAAUUUAAUAAAAUUCACACGAUAUAACGAGCCCCUUGCCAUAGCAUCGUCUUUCCAUUAAUCGGAAUACCGGAGAUUUUUUAAAGCAAGUUCACGCACUGCGAUUUUUUCGGAAUUAUUUUUGUAUAAUGCAACGAAAUUUUGUAGUCAAUAGCAGCACUUUUCCACGUGUAGGUGGUUUGCAAUUGCCGCCAUUUUGAAUUAUAUUUAAAAAUAUGUGUACUUCAUGUUAUCAUCGUUGUUGUAUUUUGCUGGCGACCCUGUAUUACGACAGAGGUGUUAAGUUGUUAAAAAAUAAACGAGAAAAAUGUGAAAAAAGAAAACUCAAAAACAGAAGCAAACCUCGCAUAUUCAGCCAAGAUGGUGCCUGAUAUAUUAUGACGCCAAACAACGAAUAUAUUUCAAGUAUCAUUUAUUACUGUAUUAGCCGUAAAAAUCGCUGUGUGUCAACGUACUUCGUAAUCCCACCGUCACCUUUAUCAUCCCAUUAUAUCAAUCGACUAUACAAUAAGGACAUGAUUAUAAUACAAUGCACAAGAGAGUCUAACUCGCUAAUUGUUCCUAUAUAUCCUAAUGUAACACACGUCCUUGAGAUUGUAUUUUAUUCGCACUAGAUGUAAAAAAUUUCUCAGAGAUGUCCGGCCAAAGCAUUCGGGCGUCGUAGUUUAACUGUUCGAAUAUUUUUAACCCAUAUUGCAUUGAAUUGAAAUGUUUAUAAUAUGUGCGAUUGUUUAGCACAAUGGUAAUUAAUUUAUUGAAUAAAAAUAU